UAAAUCCAUCAGCUCUGGAUAGCAUGAAGGAGACCCCUGGAUCUAAGGAUUUACCCACCUAGAUGGAACCCUCUCGCAUUGCACGUCUCGCUUUAUGGAUUAUUCUGUGUUGAUUGCGUGUCUGCGCCGGUAAGCGGUGCCCUGUUUCUAGGACACCUCUAAACUUCAGAUCGAGCUUUGUGUCUUGCGUACCCCGGUCCUCCUGCGUGUUCUAGGAUCCCAAUGGCCUCUGUUCCCCCAAGAGCGGGGGAAGGGGGUUUGGUUGAUUUACCCCCUGGCUACAAAGCAUCCCACCGGGCUCAGGAUUCGGACCUGUUACGGAGACCCAGUUACUGCCACGCUGCCUUUGCACUGAAACAAAUUGCCAAGGGAAAGGCUGUGGGCCACAAAGCCCCUCUCUGGCUACGGGCGAAGUUUCAGGCCCUUCUCUUCUCCCUGGGCUGCUCCAUCCAGAGACACUGCGGGAAAGUCUUGUUCAUCGGGCUGCUGGUGUUCGGCGCCCUGGCCGUUGGACUCCGGGUGGCUUCUAUCGAGACGGACAUCGAAAGGCUUUGGGUGGAAGCGGGAAGCCGAGUAAGUCAGGAGCUCUACUACACUAAGGAGAAGCUCGGUGAGGAAUCGGUCUACACGUCUCAGAUGCUGAUCCAGACGCCGAAGAAAGAUGGGGAGAAUAUCUUGAGCCAGGAAGCCAUGAUGAUACACCUGAAAGCGGCUCUGGCGGCCAGCAAAGUGCAGGUCUCAAUGUAUGGAAAAUCAUGGGACUUGAACAAGAUCUGCUAUAAGUCGGGAGUCCCCAUUAUCGAGAACGGAAUGAUUGAGCGGAUGAUCGAGAAGCUGUUCCCUUGUGUGAUCAUCACCCCCUUAGACUGUUUUUGGGAAGGAUCUCAACUCCAAGGAGGCUCAGCCUAUCUCCCGGGAAGGAGAGACAUCCAGUGGACUAACCUGGACCCAAUCCAGUUGAUGGAAGAGCUUGGCCAGUUCACCACCCUGGAUGGUUUCCAAGAGAUGCUGGACAAGGCAGAAGUGGGGCAAGCGUACAUGGAAAGAUCCUGUCUGGACCCCACAGACCCCGAAUGUCCAGAAAGCUCCCCAAACAAGAAAACAAAAAAGAAUCCAGAUAUCGUCAACGCUCUACGGGACGGCUGUUAUGGUUUUUCAAAGAAAUUUAUGUACUGGCAAAAAGAGUUGAUCCUCGGAGGGAUGGUCAAGGGGCCUGACGGAGAACUUAAGAGUGCUGAAGCUCUCCAGUCAAUGUACCUACUGAUGAGCCCCGGACAGCUUUACGAACAUUAUAAAGAUGACUACGAAAUUCACGACAUCAACUGGAACGAAGAGAAGGCGAAGGCCAUCUUGGAAUCUUGGCAGCGAAAAUUUGUGGAGCAAGCCCAAAAGUCCGUCCCACGGAAUUCAUCCCAGGACAUCCACGCUUUUUCCACCACUACUCUGAAUGACAUCAUGAAGUCCUUCUCUGAUGUCAGCGUCAUCCGUGUCGCCGGAGGUUACCUGCUUAUGCUGGCCUAUGCCUGUGUCACUAUGCUACGCUGGGACUGCUCCAAGUCUCAAGGUGCAGUCGGUUUGGCUGGUGUGCUUCUUGUUGCUCUCUCUGUGGCAUCAGGGCUUGGUCUGUGCUCCCUCCUGGGCAUCACCUUUAAUGCGGCAACUACACAGGUGCUGCCAUUUUUGGCCCUAGGGAUUGGAGUGGAUGACAUGUUCCUGCUGGCGCAUGCAUUCACCGAGACCAGCAUGAGUACCCCGUUCAAGGAACGGACGGGUGAAUGCUUAAGACGUACCGGUACCAGCGUGGCUCUCACAUCUAUCAAUAACAUGAUUGCGUUCUUCAUGGCUGCCUUGGUGCCAAUCCCUGCCCUGCGGGCUUUCUCUCUACAGGCUGCCGUAGUUGUGGUGUUCAAUUUUGCCAUGGUGCUCCUAAUAUUCCCUGCCAUUCUGAGCCUGGACCUUCACCGGAGGGAAGAUCAGAGGCUUGACAUCCUUUGCUGUUUUUACAGCCCCUGCUCUUCGAGAGUAAUCCAGAUCAAACCACAAGAAUAUUCAGACGCUAACGACAAUCACACUUAUCAUCCUUCAUCAUAUGGAAAACCGACCAUCACCACCAGCACCCAAAUCACCACCACAGUGCAAGCCUUCACCCAAUGUGACCCAUCGGGGCACCACAUAGUCACAAUCCUUCCCCCAACCUCUCAGAUCUCCACCUCUCCGUCAGUCAUUGUGCCAACAAUAGAUCCUCUUGGGUCUCAGGUCUUCAGCCCAUCCAGCUCCACCAGGGAUUUGCUGGCUCAGUUGGACGAGAGCAAAAGUGGCCGAGAAUGCGUUCCUCUCCCCUUCCUAAAAUGGAGCCUCUCCGAUUUUGCCCGUGAGAAGUAUGCCCCCUUGUUGCUGAAGCCUGAAACCAAGGGCAUUGUAGUAGCCCUUUUUAUGGCUCUGCUUGGCCUCGGCCUGUAUGGUACAACUAUGGUUCAUGAUGGACUUUACUUGACUGACAUCGUCCCUCGUGAGACCAAGGAAUACAACUUCAUCUCUGCCCAGUUUAAAUACUUCUCCUUCUACAAUAUGUUUAUUGUCACCAAGGGUGGGUUUGAAUACCCCAAAGUUCAAGAAGCACUGUAUGAACUACACGAGUCCUUCGGCUCCGUGAAGUACGUCGUGCGGGAAGAGGGCAGGGAUCUUCCCAAAAUGUGGCUUCACUACUUCCAGGACUGGCUCAGAGGUUUGCAGACUGCUUUUGAUAAAGACUGGGAGUUGGGCCGAAUCACUCAGGACAAUUACCGGAACGGAACGGAGGACGGCGUCCUGGCCUACAAACUUCUCAUUCAAACAGGGAGCAAGAAGGAGCCCUUUAAUUUUAACCAGUUGACCAGCAGAAGACUUGUUGACCAAAAAGGCCUCAUUCCCGAAGAUGCUUUCUAUAUAUAUUUGACCGUGUGGGCCAGCAAUGAUCCCUUGGGUUAUGCUGCUUCCCAGGCUAACUUUUACCCACCUCCUCCCGAAUGGAUCCAUGAUCGAUAUGACACCACCGGCGAGAACUUAAGGAUCCCGGCGGCAGAACCGAUUGAAUUUGCCCAGUUCCCGUUUUAUUUGAAUGGACUUCGUCAGACAUCUGAUUUCAUUGAGGCCAUAGAGAGCGUGCGUUCGGUUUGCGAUGAGUUCGCCAAGCAGGGGGUUUACAGCUAUCCGAGCGGUUACCCCUUUCUGUUCUGGGAGCAGUACAUUGGCCUGAGGCACUGGUUCCUCCUGGCCAUCAGCAUCGUCCUGGCCUGCACCUUCCUAGUCUGCGCCAUCCUCCUGCUGAACCCCUGGACCGCUGGCAUCAUUGUCUUCAUUUUGGCUAUGAUGACGGUGGAGCUGUUUGGAAUCAUGGGACUGAUCGGCAUUAAGCUCAGUGCCAUCCCUGUGGUGAUUCUCAUUGCCUCUGUGGGAAUCGGUGUGGAAUUCACUGUGCACGUAGCUCUGGGUUUUCUCACUUCCAUCGGGGACCGUAACCAGCGCUCGGUUCUUGCUCUGGAGCACAUGUUCGCUCCUGUCCUGGACGGAGCCAUAUCCACAUUACUGGGAGUUCUUAUGCUCGCGGGAUCGGAGUUUGACUUUAUUUUCAGGUACUUCUUUGCCGUUCUGACCAUUCUCACCGUUUUGGGGCUUCUCAAUGGACUGGUUUUACUGCCUGUGCUUCUCUCCCUGAUCGGACCCCCUGCGGAGGUCACCCCUGCAGAUCACAGUAGCCAAUUACCUACCCCCAGCCCUGAACCUGUACCCCCACACAUGAACAGACACGGCUUCUACUCGCCAAACAAACAUGGCAAGUUGGGCGGCUUCAGUGAUCCAGAAGAUUCCUCGGAUUAUUAUUCCGAGACCACCACCACAUCAGGGAUGGAGGAAGACGACCCCCAGCUGUAUGAGCGAAGCGCUUACAUCAUUCCCCGCAAACCUUCGCAUAUCAUACUCGAAGCCAGCAAGGAUCCUGCCUAUCCCAAGAUCAUGUUGGUGAAACCCUGCAAAGGCAACCAAGAUGAGCCGAUGAAGAUCGAUGGCCAGGAUCCUUGUACUCAAGAAGCUCUUACUGCCACGGAUACAUCUCGGGGUAACUGCCCAGAUCAGGAACCCAGAGACUGGAGGAGGAGGCAGCACCCGCUCCCCACCGCGCAAGGGCAUGCAAGGACUAACCAGCCCCCGUGCAUCAGGACUCAGCACAGUAACAGGCCACAGGGCCACAGGACUGCUCCACCAGCCUACUGUGCGAAGAUGCCGGGGCCCAACGGCUCUAUCACUACCGUGACCACCACAGCGUCCGUAACGGUGGCCGUGCACCCAGUGCUGCCCGGAGCUGUACGGGGUUAUACCCACGAGGGUUACGAGGACAGUGAGACAGACUUUAUGGAGGGCAGAGCCCAGUGGGCAAAAAGGAGAACCAAGUACCCUGAGGUGUUUGAGCUUGAAGACCUUGAACGAGAAAGAACACAAACGGACUCCUCCGUCCGGCACUAGGAGGACGUCGUGUAUAUAUAUACAUACAGCUCUUUAAUGAAAAGAAUGUAUCGUUGGAAUCCUUGUACAGAGAAUUAUCUAAAGAAGAGGAAAUAAUGGAUACUAAUCGAAAUAAUAUUACACUCAGAUGAAAGUAUUAGAGACUCUUUAACUUUAUGAUAUAUUUUAAUAUGAAAAACUAUGAAAAAGAACAAAA